GGAAGUUGCCGAGCUCAAUCUAAACGAGAAAUUGUCGAAUUGUGAUUUCUAGUCCCUCCCGCCUUUCCGUUCUUCCAGGCCCGGCUGACUGAGAUGCCCGAGGCCGCCAUAUUGAAUAAGAAACCCGGCCUCUGAAGGAGUCGGCGGGUUGUAGACAAUUCUGCAGGGCAGCCUCGGCGGUUCCAGGGAGAAGCAAUAUGUUAAGGAUACCUGUAAGAAGGGCCUUAGUGAGCCUUUCUAAGUCUCCUAAAGGAUGUGUUCGAACAACUGCCACAGCAGCAAGCAACUUGAUUGAAGUAUUUGUUGAUGGUCAGUCUGUCAUGGUGGAACCAGGAACUACCAUCCUCCAAGCUUGUGAGAAGGUUGGCAUGCAGAUCCCUCGAUUCUGUUAUCAUGAAAGGUUGUCUGUUGCUGGAAACUGCAGGAUGUGCCUUGUUGAAAUUGAGAAAGCUCCUAAGGUUGUAGCUGCUUGUGCCAUGCCAGUAAUGAAAGGUUGGAAUAUCCUGACAAACUCAGAGAAAACUAAGAAAGCCAGGGAAGGUGUGAUGGAGUUCCUACUAGCAAAUCACCCAUUGGAUUGUCCUAUUUGUGACCAGGGAGGUGAAUGUGAUCUGCAGGACCAGUCCAUGAUGUUUGGAAGUGAUAGGAGCCGGUUUUUAGAGGGGAAACGUGCUGUGGAGGACAAGAACAUUGGGCCAUUGAUAAAAACCAUUAUGACUAGAUGUAUACAGUGUACUCGAUGCAUCAGAUUUGCAAGUGAGAUUGCAGGAGUAGAUGAUCUGGGAACAACAGGCAGAGGAAAUGAUAUGCAAGUUGGCACAUACAUUGAAAAGAUGUUCAUGUCUGAACUUUCUGGGAAUAUCAUUGACAUCUGCCCUGUAGGUGCCCUGACCUCUAAGCCCUAUGCCUUUACUGCUCGGCCUUGGGAAACAAGAAAGACAGAAUCCAUUGAUGUAAUGGAUGCAGUUGGAAGUAAUAUUGUGGUCAGCACAAGAACUGGAGAGGUAAUGAGAAUUUUGCCAAGGAUGCAUGAGGACAUCAAUGAAGAGUGGAUCUCUGAUAAAACCAGAUUUGCCUAUGAUGGGCUAAAACGUCAAAGACUUACCGAGCCGAUGGUCAGAAGUGAAAAGGGGCUUUUAACAUACACCACCUGGGAGGACGCACUCUCUCGUGUAGCUGGAAUGUUGCAGAGUUUUCAAGGCAACGAUGUGGCAGCAAUUGCAGGUGGCUUGGUGGAUGCUGAAGCCCUAGUAUCUCUCAAAGAUUUACUUAAUAGAGUGGACUCUGACACCCUAUGCACUGAAGAGGUCUUCCCUACCACAGGAGCUGGCACAGAUCUACGUUCCAAUUAUCUUCUUAAUACUACAAUUGCCGGUGUGGAAGAGACAGAUGUUGUCCUUCUGGUUGGUACAAAUCCACGUUUUGAGGCACCACUAUUUAAUGCUAGAAUUCGAAAGAGUUGGCUUCACAAUGACUUAAAAGUGGCCCUUAUAGGCAGCCCUGUUGAUCUCACUUACAGCUACGACCAUCUGGGAGAUUCUCCCAAAAUUCUUCAAGACAUUGCUUCGGGCAGCCAUCCUUUCAGCCAGGUCCUAAAGGAAGCUAAAAAACCAAUGGUGGUUUUAGGCAGUUCUGCACUCCAAAGAAAUGAUGGGGCAGCAAUUCUUGCAGCUGUUUCCAACAUUGCUCAAAAGAUUCGGAUGAGUAGUGGUGUUACUGGUGAUUGGAAAGUUAUGAAUAUCCUUCAUAGGAUUGCAAGCCAAGUAGCUGCUUUGGACCUUGGCUAUAAACCUGGGGUGGAAGCAAUUCGGAAGAACCCUCCCAAAGUGCUGUUUCUCCUGGGAGCAGAUGGAGGUUGUAUUACUCGACAGGAUUUGCCAAAGGAUUGUUUCAUUAUUUAUCAAGGACAUCAUGGUGAUGUUGGAGCUCCUAUAGCGGAUGUUAUUCUCCCCGGCGCUGCUUACACAGAGAAGUCUGCUACUUAUGUCAAUACUGAGGGCCGAGCUCAGCAGACUAAAGUAGCAGUGACACCUCCUGGCUUGGCAAGAGAAGACUGGAAAAUUAUAAGAGCCCUUUCUGAAAUUGCAGGUAUGACUCUUCCAUAUGAUACUUUGGAUCAAGUAAGGAACAGAUUGGAAGAAGUCUCUCCUAAUCUUGUUCGAUAUGAUGAUGUCGAAGGAGCUAAUUAUUUCCAGCAAGCAAAUGAGCUUUCCAAGCUAGUGAACCAACACCUUCUUGCUGAUCCACUUGUUCCACCUCAGCUAACAAUAAAAGACUUCUACAUGACAGAUUCAAUUAGCAGAGCCUCACAGACAAUGGCUAAAUGUGUCAAAGCUGUCACAGAGGGUGCCCAUGCAGUAGAGGAACCAUCCAUAUGCUGAAACAUCUACUAGCAUCCAGUUAGUUAGACAGUUACGUUGGCAUGAUCUCUUAGAGGUGUAUCUCUCUAAAAAAUAAUCUAAAUGAUGUAAUAUUUAAGGUUCUACCAUGCUUUGUUUGAAAACGAUAUUGCAAUUAUCAAAGAACUUUGAGGUUUCCAAACAUUUAUGUAUUGCAUGUAAACGUUAAAUAGUUUAAUAAACAUGUAUAGAUGCCCUUUCAUGUAAAAGCACUGAUAAUCUUUGUGACAUAAAAAAGAAAAUCCUUAAAAUAUGAAUUUUUGUUUAUCUUCAUUGAUCACUUAUGUUUGUAAAAUGGAUGAAAUAAUAGCUCCAUUAGGACCUAUUUUUUUCUAGUGCUAAAGAAAAGAUUUAAGUAUUCUGUGAAGCUGGGUAAAUAGAAAAUAUAUAUAAUAUCAUACAUCAGAUGUAUAUCUUGGACAGCACUAAUAAUAAUCAUAAUAAUGAAGGCUAAUGAUUAUUCAGGAUUUUCUACUAAGCACUCUGGUUUUACAUACAUUAUAUUGUUUUGUCCUUUUACAUCCCUGUGAGACAGUAUUAUCUCAUUUUACAGGUGAAGAAACUAAAGCCCGUGGGUAUUGGGUAGCUUGCCCAAGGCCACAGCAAAAGAGUCAUAGAAUCAAGCCUGGUUCUCUGACUUCAAAGCCCAUUGUUCUUAACUGCUGCACAUAAUUUCCUCCCAUUAGUACAGAUUCCAUAGGUUGUUACGUCUAAGAAUCAGUAUUGAGAAGCUUAAUGGAUAACACAUUUUUCUGUUUUCUCUUGUAUCUGUUUAUAUAAUGUCAUGGUGAUUUAUGGGAUAUUUUUCUUUGUAUAAUAGAUUGCACACACAUACACCCUUGGAAUGAGGGAGGUUUCAAGAGAUAUAAUUUAGGUCCUCAUUGAUGUUCCGUAUUUAUUAUAUUAACACCAUCUGUAGUAUUAAGUCAACUAAAUUAUUCCAGUAAUAAAAGACAAAACUAACAGCUCUCAUAAUUUUCAGUUGUC